AUGCCUCGACCCGGCAAGGAUUCUUACGAUGAACAGGUUGGCUCAAGACAAAAACUUUUUUAAACGUAUCAUAUGGGUUUAAGUUAACUCAAUGUUUGUUUAUUAACGGUUGAAUACAGUGAAUAACACAUGAAAAAUAGUUUCGAUUUUUUCUUCUCAUCCUUGUUCUUUUCAGACUCGUUUUUUUCUUAAGGAGACUUCUUCGAAUUCAACAAAAAGUAAUAAUUUUCCCAAGAAAGGUCAUUUGACCAUAAAUAUUUGUGAAUUUCUGAAAAUAUGAAAAACCCUUUUCAAUCUAUUAAAGGAAAAUUUUGAAAUCUGAUUCCACAUAUUCGAAGGCCUCCAAUGACCCCUUUCAAAUCAUUGUGUGCAAGUCAACCCCUCCGUCUUGUGGAAAAAAAAGAAUUUACAAAAAAUAACGACUUUUUUAAACGUAUCAUAUGGGUUUAAAAAUUGAACUUCAAUAUAAUCUUCAACCUUGCUUUCCGGAAGUUUGGUUUUUCAACACUUCUCCAAAGCUGAGCGGAUUCCAUACUUGCCCACAUAUUAUUGUAUCUACGAAAAAGUCCUAUUUUCUAAAGUGUACGCCUUGAAGUUGAAACAGAAACACGGAAGACGUUGAAAGAAUUCUCUUAACACCUAAAAGUUUUCCACUGUUCAGACUUCGAAUCUUUAUGUGUUGAUAGAAUUUUAGAAGAUUCCAGAUCUAUUGGUAACGAUGUAGCGUGAAGGCUGAAAAGUGUGUCUUUGAAAUACUGUAUGUUCUCGGAUCAAAAAUUUGAAAAUACAGAAACCGCCGUACUCGUACAUCUGGCUGACUUAUAUGGCGAUCCAGAAUUCGGAGGAAAAAAUGCUCCCUUUGACGGAGAUCUACAAAUACAUCAUGGACAAGUUUCCUUUCUACCGCAAGAACACACAAAGGUGAGUCAAAAUUCAUUUAGGUAGAAAUAACGAUUGCUUGAUGACCUGAAUGGACGUUCAAUAUCAUUUUAGGUGGCAGAACUCCCUCAGACACAAUUUGUCGUUCAACGAUUGCUUCAUCAAGAUUCCGAGGCGUCCUGACCGUCCCGGAAAGGUACUUGAAAACUGAAAUCAGAAAAAAAAAGGUUACAGAGUUCCUUUUGUUCAUUAAUCCUGAAAUAGGAGCUUUUCGAUUUUAAACAAGUCAAAUCUGUCAAAAUUCAACGUCAUUUUCUUUGACUCUAACGAAAUAACUUUAUCAAUUGUUGCUUUUUGAACUCCAUAUCCAUUUUGUGUACACUAAACCCAUGCUAUUGACAAACCUGAUAUGAAAUCGAUCCAAUAGCUACAGUAACCCUUGCCCAACUACACGGCGGCAAUACUUCAACUAAUUGAUCAACGGCGAAUCUUUCAAGAUUUUUCUCUUUUCCUGCGACGCCUUUGCUGUAAUAACAACUUCGGGAGAAUAUAAUAAUCGUUCUUGAAAGAGUUGAGAUUUAAAGAAAGACAAUGUGAAUGAUAUGUAGAAGUCGCCCUGUCUGUUGUUCUCAUGAAAAAAGUUCAACCAUGUUCUUAACACACCAACUUAUCAUUUUACAAUUUUUUUAAGUUGGCGAUUUUCCUAAUUUCUUUGUUGAGAAAUCUGCAUCUUUAUCACAUUUAAUUGAUAUUAUUUUCAUUCAUGAGAACAUAGCUUAGCUGCAAAUCAGUAUGUAGCAAAUCAGUAUCGUAGCUGCAAAUCAGUAUCGUAGCUGCAAAUCAGUAUGUUUCGCAACUUGAUAAAUUUUAGAAAAGGUUUAGCCUUUCAAAAGAAGUUACGAUAAAAAAAGAUCUGCUCAAGAAAAAAAAUGUCUUUGCUCACAAGGGAAGUGUGUUAGGUGAACAUCGCGGAUCUGGUCCAUAUUUCUGUGGUAGGUAAUCCUACGUAUGAGUACUUGAAAAUGAAUGGAAAUAUCUGCUAAGCGCCAUAGGUUGCUGAGAAAUACUGUCGAAAAUGUACGGAAAAGGCUCAAAAGCUGAUUUUCUUUGAUUUUUUGGUUUCUAAAACAACUUCUGUGACAUACUGCAUUAUAAGCUACAUGAGAAGAUUUUUUUCUACACAAUACCCCAAUAAAAAUCAGUUUUUCAAGCUUUACCUGAACAUUUUCGACAGGGUAUUGCUCAGUACCCCAUGGCGCUUAGCAGAUAGUUCUUAUCGUUUUUGAGUAUUUAUACCUGGAGCUACUUACCAUAAAACUUCGGCCCAGACACGUGAUUUUCACCUCACACACUUCCCUCGUCAGUAGUUUCCCGUUGGUUUUGAGUUUAUCUUCAUUUUUAGACGACUAGAAUAAAGGGAGAUUUGAGGGCUCGUACUGGGCUGUGCACCCGAACGCGCUGGGAAUGUUCGAGAACGGAAGUUGCCUGCGGCGACGCAAAAGAUUCAAGGUUCGUCUUAUCUUUCUCUUCGUUCUUUCAGCUACCGUAACCCCAAAUAUUGAGAAGCUUCGACGUUUGUGAUAAAUAUUUCUUCUUUUUUCUCUCCGACCUGGCUUACGGUGUAUCUCUUAACAUUUCUGAACGAUUCUCAAUUAUGUCUCUGCUAUCUGACAGGCAAAUUGAAAAUCAUUUCUUCAUUCAAGACCUUUUUUGAAGUAUUAGUCGAUGGUGAGAUAUAUUCAGCUCUUUAGCUAAUAGCUUUUUUAAUCGGAAAAAAAAACUGUGUGGUUCCACUCAAAUGUGAUUCAAAUAGGCGACCGUAUCCACUUUUCCAAAGAAAUGAAGGCGACGAUUGCAACAAAGAAGCAAUUCGCCAUUACCACUCCCAAUAAGGCCGCGUUUCGCGGGUAAACUUUGUCUUCAGUGUGACCGCAGGACCUUGAAAAUAGGUUCCUUCUUUCUUCAACAAUAUAAUCAUUCAUUGCUUGAAAAAUGUUGAACUCGCUCUCCACAGGAAAGUUUUUUGCAAUAGAACUGGCCCGGAUCGUGAUGACUCUCGUGUAACUUGUUCCAUUUGAGUCAAGUAACUUAUUUUUUUUUUCAAGGCUUAUAUUCCAAUUCUAUGUGACCCACAUCGUCAAUACAUUCCAAAUUUUCACGAGAACGUUAUUGACAGGUGCGUGAAGAGGCGGAAGAAGACGAAGAGCACGUUCCGACAAAGAUGCUGUGCAAAGGCGUCGCUGGCGGACUGCCAUGGAUGUCGGCUCUGACGUCGCUGUCGACGUCUCUAUCGUCCUCUCUAUCGACGUCGCUGCCGCUGCUGGGCGAGUCUUUCGGCCAGCCGUUGCUCUUCAACCCGUUGUCCUUGCUGCUGAUGCCGCAGCUCAUGGGCACGACGCCCUCGACGUCUUCAGUAGCCGACUCCUUCUUUUCUUCGAAAACCCCUUCGCCUGAUCCUCCGCCUCUCUGCACUUCCUUUUCUAUCGAGUCGCUGCUCAGCACUUGA